UAAGCUCGUCAAUUCCGCCACCCUCAGCACCGCUGGCGCAGGCAGGGAAACUCGUAAGUAUACGCUGCUCUGUUGCUUGAUGCUGGUCUGUGAGUGUUACGGGACUCUGGUAGUGCCUACGCAUGUCAUGUCUAGAUAUCCGAUCACUAAGUGAAGAGAGGCGCGAACGCGGCGGUCACGACAAGGAUAGCAGCCUGCAGCAGUUCACGAUGUUGAGUCCGCGGCAAAGGAGUGACGCUCUACCUGUCGUUGAGGCGGCCCUUGCGCUGAUUUCCCUCCCGGGACGCUUGCUUUCAUGGCGAAGCCUGAUUGGACCUACGAAGUGAACUCCGGAGACGCUCACUGCGAUGUGUUUCUCUCCGGACCUGAUCAACGUUUCGCAAUGCCCGCAUCGUUGUGCCCCACCGGUGGUUAAGGAGUGGUUAAGGAGUCGUCGACAAGCUCAAGGACAGGAAGAAGGGGUUCCGGGAGGAAGGAAUGCAACCAGACGGCUAUGUCAUGUUCGUAGUUGAGAGGACCAAGCUCUAUUUGCCUGGUACGCUCUCUAUAGGCAGCAACUUAAUUCAAAAGGGAAAAUCGAUCUCCUUCUCUCUCU